UAUCUGUUGCCCAGGUUGGAGUGCAGUGGUGCAAUCUCCCGGCUCACUACAACCUCUGCCUCUGGGGUUCAGGCGAUUCUCCUGUGUCAGCCUCCCGAGUAGCUGGGAUUACAGGCGUGCACAACCACGCCCGGCUAAUUUUUGUAUUUUUAGUAGAGACGGGAGUUUCAUCGUGUUGGCCAGGCUGGUCUCAAACUUCGUACCUCAGAACACCUUCCACCAUGACCACCUCAGCAAGUUCCCACUUAAAUAAAGGCAUCAAGCAGGUGUACAUGUCCCUGCCUCAGGGUGAGAAAGUCCAGGCCAUGUAUAUCUGGAUCGAUGGUACUGGAGAAGGCCUGCGCUGCAAGACCCGGACUCUGGACAGUGAGCCCAAGUGUGUGGAAGAGUUGCCUGAGUGGAAUUUCGAUGGCUCUAGUACUUUACAGUCUGAGGGUUCCAACAGUGACAUGUAUCUCGUGCCUGCUGCCAUGUUUCGGGACCCCUUCCGUAAGGACCCUAACAAGCUGGUGUUAUGUGAAGUUUUCAAGUACAAUCGAAGGCCUGCAGAGACCAAUUUGAGGCACACCUGUAAACGGAUAAUGGACAUGGUGAGCAACCAGCACCCCUGGUUUGGCAUGGAGCAGGAGUAUACCCUCAUGGGGACAGAUGGGCACCCCUUUGGUUGGCCUUCCAACGGCUUCCCAGGGCCCCAGGGUCCAUAUUACUGUGGUGUGGGAGCAGACAGAGCCUAUGGCAGGGACAUCGUGGAGGCCCAUUACCGGGCCUGCUUGUAUGCUGGUGUCAAGAUUGCGGGGACUAAUGCCGAGGUCAUGCCUGCCCAGUGGGAAUUUCAGAUUGGACCUUGUGAAGGAAUCAGCAUGGGAGAUCAUCUCUGGGUGGCCCGUUUCAUCUUGCAUCGUGUGUGUGAAGACUUUGGAGUGAUAGCAACCUUUGAUCCUAAGCCCAUUCCUGGGAACUGGAAUGGUGCAGGCUGCCAUACCAACUUCAGCACCAAGGCCAUGCGGGAGGAGAAUGGUCUGAAGUACAUCGAGGAGGCCAUUGAGAAACUAAGCAAGCGGCACCAGUACCACAUCCGUGCCUAUGAUCCCAAGGGAGGCCUGGACAAUGCCCGACGUCUAACUGGAUUCCAUGAAACCUCCAACAUCAACGACUUUUCUGCUGGUGUAGCCAAUCGUAGCGCCAGCAUACGCAUUCCCCGGACUGUUGGCCAGGAGAAGAAGGGUUACUUUGAAGAUCGUCGCCCCUCUGCCAACUGUGACCCCUUUUCGGUGACAGAAGCCCUCAUCCGCACGUGUCUUCUCAAUGAAACCGGCGAUGAGCCCUUCCAGUACAAAAAUUAAGUGGACUAGACCUCCAGCUGUUGAGCCCCUCCUAGUUCUUCAUCCCACUCCAACUCUUCCCCCUCUCCCAGUUGUCCCGAUUGUAACUCAAAGGGUGGAAUAUCAAGGUCGUUUUUUUCAUUCCAUGUGCCCAGUUAAUCUUGCUUUCUUUGUUUGGCUGGGAUAGAGGGGUCAAGUUAUUAAUUUCUUCACACCUACCCUCCUUUUUUUCCCUAUCACUGAAGCUUUUUAGUGCAUUAGUGGGGAGGAGGGUGGGGAGACAUAACCACUGCUUCCAUUUAAUGGGGUGCACCUGUCCAAUAGGCGUAGCUAUCCGGACAGAGCACGUUUGCAGAAGGGGGACUCUUCUUCCAGGUAGCUGAAAGGGGAAGACCUGACUUACUCUGGUUAGGUUAGGACUUGCCCUCGUGGUGGAAACUUUUCUUAAAAAGUUAUAACCAACUUUUCUAUUAAAAGUGGGAAUUAGGAGAGAAGGUAGGGGUUGGGAAUCAGAGAGAAUGGCUUUGGUCUCUUGCUUGUGGGACUAGCCUGGCUUGGGACUAAAUGCCCUGCUCUGAACACGAAGCUUAGUAUAAACUGAUGGAUAUCCCUACCUUGAAAGAAGAAAAGGUUCUUACUGCUUGGUCCUUGAUUUAUCACACAAAGCAGAAUAGUAUUUUUAUAUUUAAAUGUAAAGACAAAAAACUAUAUGUAUGGUUUUGUGGAUUAUGUGUGUUUUGCUAAAGGAAAAAACCAUCCAGGUCACGGGGCACCAAAUUUGAGACAAAUAGUCGGAUUAGAAAUAAAGCAUCUCAUUUUGAGUAGGGAGCGAGGGAAGUGGUUCUUAGAAAGAUGGUGAUCUGGGAUUAGGCCCUCAUGACCCUUUUGGGUUUCUGCCCUGCCCACCCUCUGGAGAAGGUGGGCACUGGAUUAGUUAACAGACGACACGUUACUAGCAGUCACUUGAUCUCCGUGGCUUUGGUUUAAAAGACACACUUGUCCACAUGGAUUUAGAGAUAAGAGUUGGCUGGUCAACUUGAGCAUGUUACUGACACAGGGGGUAUUGGGGUUAUUUUCUGGUAGGAAUAGCAUGUCACUAAAGCAGGCCUUUUGAUAUUAAAUUUUUUAAAAAGCAAAAUUAUAGAAGUUUAGAUUUUAAUCAAAUUUGUAGGGUUUCUAGGUAAUUUUUACAGAAUUGCUUGUUUGCUUCAACUGUCUCCUACCUCUGCUCUUGGAGGAGAUGGGGACAGGGCUGGAGUCAAAACACUUGUAAUUUUGUAUCCUGAUGUCUUUGUUAAGACUGCUGAGGAAUUAUUUUUUUUCUUUUAUAAUAAGAAAUAAACCCCACCUUUAUUCCUUCAUUUCAUCUACCAUUUUCUGGUUCUUGUGUUGGCUGUGGCAGGCCAGCUGUGGUUUUCUUUUGCCGUGACAACUUCUAAUUGCCAUGUACAGUAUGUUCAAAGUCAAAUAACUCCUCAUUGUAAACAAACUGUGUAACUGCCCAAAGCAGCACUUAUAAAUCAGCCUAACAUAAGA